AAUUGUUUAUUUGCAAUAACGUCACAUCGUGUGUAUAUUUCUAACUUUGGUAUGUUUUUAUCUUUUAGCCCAUUCUCAGCUGUGAGGCCAUUUUUAAGUUUGCUUUUCAAGAAGCCACUGUCCAGCAGGCACCUGAAGAUGUGUCCACCUUAGGCCAUUUCCUAGGAAUGAGCAGUGAAGAGAAACCUGAACUUGAGCCUGUACAUAAAUUGUGUUCUGAAUCUAGAAAGCUCUGGCGAGCCCUGCAGAACACAGACACUACAUGUGCCUCACGGCGCCCCUGGAGCGAGUCCCGCUGCCAGCAGAACUUCCUUCUUGUUCUUGGGGUGGAUGCUGCUCAGAGCCGACUUGGAUGCCAAGGCCACACCUCGGAAGGGUCUGACCUCAGAGAGCCAGGACUCUUCGCCUUCAGCAGUUUCCGCCUCCAGCACUGCAGAGUCCUGAUCCAGACCAAGCUUUCAGGGCAUCCUGGCAGCCAGCAAGGGAGCCUGGCGACGUACAGCCUCUUCCUGAAGACCCCUCUUCGUGGCAGAAGGCAGCACAUCACAGUUCCAAGGAAGAUGUUCACACCACAAAACCUAAAACUGAUGCUAUUUAAGUGAUGUUUGCUAAAAACCAGCAGCACCUUGCACCCUU